CUUUACAAGUGUAAGGAGCCUGCACUUCCUUCGGCUUUCGUCCAGUUGGUGUACGGAUGAGCUGAACCACGCCAAGCUAGCUGCGGACGUUAGGAAUUUAGCUACAAAACGAAUAAUAUCAUCUGCAUGACGCAAUGACGAGUCCCGGCAUAACGAUUCACCAGCUAGUUAUUCUGCUAGUUAUAUUUUUACUCGGUGGACAAUGCGAGUCCACACUGACGGUCCAACAGACGCAACUGAAGCUUCUCUACUACACCGCCUCAGACGACGGCAGCCAUCACCUGCUCAACACCAAGGUCGCAGAGGCUCUCGUCAGGAAAGGACAUGACGUCACCUUCCUCCUUAGCGACAGCUGCACAAAAUGGCGAAACGUCAGUGGGGCUGAAAUGUUCAAGUUCGCCGUGCACCGGUCGCGGUACACGGUUGAGGAACGGGAGCAGAAUAUCCGAGAGAUCUCCCGUCUUGGUCUUACCGGAGAGCUGCGGGGAUUUGUCAAAACUUUUAUGUACUCUAUACGGCAGAGGUUUUUUUCAAACGCAAAGACUAACAAGUGGUUGUUCGAUUUCCACACGAACGAAUGCGACAGCCUUCUUGGGGACAACGCGACGAUCCGUGCACUGAGAAAGGAGAGCUUCGACCUGCUGAUCGGGGACGAAUUGUCCGAUUGCCAGCCGAUGCUAGCGGAGAUUCUGGGAAUCAAGUUUGUCCUAGUCGGCCAGUCCAUCAUUCCUACAAAAGGAAGCUGGUACGGCAUUCCAAACCACCCAGCCUACAUUCCCGAGCGCCAGGCCGGUCUAACAGACACGAUGAACCUGCCGCAGCGCAUCCUAAACACCUGUCGUUACGUCAUCAACGGUCUGGCAAGGCGAGCCGUGCUUUGGAAGUAUGAGGAUCUGCAGAGGAAGUACAACCUGAGCCCGGAGAAGCGGAUGCCGGAGAUGCUGGCCCAGGCUCAGCUCUGGCUGUUCUAUGGGGACUUUGGGCUGGAGUUCGCCCGACCCUUGCAGCCCAACACUGUGAUGCUUGCCUCACCUAUGCUUGGUCUCUCUUCCGACAAAAAGAUACCGAAAGACCAGCAGGAAUUCCUCGAUGCCGCUGAUGAGGGCGUCGUCCUGUUUACGCUCGGCAGUCACGUGAACGAGAUGGAAACUGCGCAGGCCCAGAUGUUUGCCAACGGAUUGGCCAAGCUGAAGCAGCGCGUCAUGUGGCAGUUCCCUGGCAGUCUGGCGCAUUUGCAUAUCGGGAACAACACGAAGGUUGUGCAGUGGAUGCUUCAACAGAAGAUACUGGAUCAUCGGAACACCAAGGCGCUGUUGAAUCACGGUGGCCGGUGCGGCAUGUACGAGGCGGCUUGGUACGGCCUACCCAUGGUCGGUAUACCCCUCUUCGGUGACCACUUCGACAACAUGGAGCGGGCAGUCGCUAAGGGGAUGGCUCUGCAGUUGGACAUCACCACGUUGACAGAAGACGCCCUCUACGACACGGUUACCCGCGUUAUUGAAGACCCAAGAUAUCGCGAGAGGACGCAACACAUCUCGCGCCUGCUCCGCGACGAUCCAGUCAUCCCGUCCGAGAAGGCAGCCCACUGGAUCGCCCACGUGGGCAAGUACGGCGGGGAACACUUGCGCCCUCGUGCGGCCGACCUCAGCUGGAUCCAGUACCACCUGCUGGACGUGUACGUCUCCCUGGCCGCCAUUUUGUUCGGCGUGCUUGGUGUAUUGCUACUAGGCUGCAAGGGGUUUAUGUGGUUGGCGUGUUGCAACUGCAGGCAACAGAAGAUAAAAGUUAACUAGAGGAAGUAUUUAAGGUAAAACGAUACAGAGCGCCUAUACUAAUGCACAAAAGGAUAUACUAAUUCCCAGAAGGAUAUAAUAAUUGUGAUGCGAUCAAGCUAUUCAUUCGUUGGGAUUUUCAUUUAGAGAUUCAGGCCAAAAUAGGGCCACUUCAUCACAUCAGUUCAUCGAAUCUUUUGUUGUUCCGACUUCCAUAAUUUUUGAACUACAUAUGGUACCAGCAUGCGGUUUUCACCGUAGUUAUGAUGAGAUUGUGCUCUUUUCAAAGCUGUAAAACAAAAUUGACCAGGGCGACAAACGACAAAUUUGGCUGGAUCGCAUCACAAUUGUCUGAUAAGCCGAUUUGGAGAUCAGCACACUUUUAAAUUCUAUUUGAAGUGAAGUAUGGGUAAUAUCUGGGUUUUUUUUUUAAAUUGUAUUAUUUAUCGUUUUGUUUUAGCAAAGUUUAGUAUUUUACAAAAAUAUUGAUUCAUGUAAAAAUGAUGGUAAUCAAAAAUCCAACAGUGAAGCUAUUCUUUUCUUAAUUAUAGCUUUUAAAUGAAUAACAACACAUAGCCUGCGAUUGCACGAAACUAAACGAACCUCCCAACUCUUAAUGAUAGAAAGCCAGUAAUUGAUAUUAAAAAAAGCAAUUAUUGUAUUUUAACUGCUAGUUAGUGUAUUACUGGUUUAGGCACUAAAUUAUCAUUGUAAAAAAAAAAUUCACUGUUAAAACAUUUUUUUUUUGGAUUUGAAUAAUCCAUAGACUAUAAUUUUGCUUUAUUAAUGUCGUUGAAAAAAAGGGAUAUUGGAAAGAAAAUUUGAUAUCUUGAUAAUUCUCAAUGCCGUGAUUGUGUGGAUGCCUCAUUUCCCGAGGUUGUGGGAAUCAUUGA